UCCGAUAACGAAAAGACUAAUUGAUAGAGCUUUUUCCUAGUAGGAAAAARCCGAUAUUUCAGUUCUGUUACUGAACCACGAAAGUAGCUCAGGUUUAAAAUAAGGAGAGGAAAGAGCUCCUGAAGCAGGCGAAGUUGAAAGUAAUCGCAGAGGAGCAGGCGGCGAAAAUGAAGAAACUAAAGGAGGAGAUGGAGGAGAAGAAAAAGGCUGCCGAGGCAGAAGCAGCAGCAGAAGCAGAAGAGGAGAGAAAAUGCAGAAAAGUAAAAGGGGAGAGUAGUGGCACGACGAAUGAAGAUGCGGUGAUGGAGAAGAAGAUUAGUGAGUUGAUUGCUAACUUAUCAUUGGGGGAAGACGAGGAGGCACAGUUAUAUGUGCCACAGGACGAGAAGGAAGCGUUUGCCAGGGUGCUAGCAAUAAUCGAGGACCCCCUGGAACGGCAAGAAGCAGAGGAGGAGAAGAAAUUGGAGUGGAAACUGAGGAUGAAGAGGGAAAAGAAGAGAAGGAGGGAGGAAGUUAAUAGGUUGACCACAGAGGUGGAAAAGGUGAGAGCCUGUAGGCAAGAGGUGCAGGCGCAGGCAGACAUCUCCGCCAAAAUGGAUAAGAUGCUGGGGUACUUGGAAGUGUCGAGUGAGGCUUGGCUGGACGAGCACCAAGCCAACUGGGGUCACGAUAUAGCCCUGAGUGCCAUGCGAUCAGGAUUUCGAGACUUUGCACGCGACAUGGUCACCCACGUUGGGGGUGAAGUCAGGCUAUUAAGGGAGAAUGUGAGAAAGUUUUGUGAAGGGGCCAUUGAGAGUGCCAAAGCAGUAGCCGCUGUCGAGAGUGAGGCCAGGCCUCGUAAAGAGCCCGUCAAGCUUAAAUUCCCAGAUGCAUACGGCGGGAAGAAGGCAGAGAAUUUUGAUAGCUGGGAGGCGAGCGUCAAUAGUUACGUAUACUUACAGCACAUCUUGACUGAGGAACAAAUCCUCGUCGCCUUCUAGGCCCUCAAAGAUGAAGCGGCCAAUUUUGCGCGUGCAGCCGGUUGU